AGCGGGAGAGAGUGUACACGAGCCUCACGGAAUUCAUUUUCAAAGAGUCUCGUGCUGUCCGAGAGGAUAGCCAAAGGACAGGACUGAACGGCGAGGGCUGCCUGCGCCAGAGGCUUGUUAAAAUAUUGGGGAAUAACUAUUCUGGAAGCACUUUAUAACUUGGACUAUUUUCACAAAAUAUUCACAUCUUUGAGGGAGCACGCAAAAAGGCGGCAGCGGCUUACAGCAGCAAGAACUCUUUAGCGCAAACACAGACACACAGACUCGCACUCCCAUACACAUACAGUCACACACACACUCCCACAAGUAACACUGGACCCAAUUUAACUCAGAUGAAGAGACAUUGAGGAACUCAUUGUCACACGAAACGUGCGCACACACACAUCCAUACAAACACAGCCCCUCACACACAUCCAUAGACACACGCACAUAUACACACGCACAGACACACACACACACACACACCAAUAUACCGGGAUGGCUGCCCUGGACCUGCAGUGUGGCAUGUGGGUGGGGGACAGGCCGGAGUUUGAUCCUGAGAUGCUGGAAUGGGAGGAACAAUUGCAGGACAUGCAACGAAAGAUUGAAGAGCUCUACAACGAGGUGGUUGCGCGAAGAGGAGGUAAUGACGGGGCCCUGCAGACUCAGGCUAACGACAUCACCCUGCUACCUGUCGCUAACCAGGACGUGGGUUGCUACGGCAACAGCAAUGGCAGUCGGCAGGUCGGCAUGGGCCUUCCCGCCCCCCACGCCAAAGGCUGUGGCUAUCAGCUCAAUAACGGCUACGGCUAUGGCGACAAUUACCCGGGCAAUGCAGAGAUUGAUCCCGCCCUGGAGAUUCUGCAGGGCUACCUGGGACAGGGAAAGAGCCAGCGCAACAAGGAAACAACACAACGCACUGCCAGCGCCAAGCAAAAGAGUGUCUGUCAAGCUGACUCUCAGAGGCUUGCGUGCAGCAGGCCAGCAGACAGAAGGAGAGAGGAAGUCGAGAACCGCAGGAACCAAUGUGUGUACUACGAGAAGCCUCAGGGAGGUGGGGACUACUUUGACCAGCGCACUGCUCCAGUUCCUGCUCCGGUGGCCAGGCCCCCCACGCGCCACCAUGACGGCUCCCCCCUGGCCCCCACCCAGCAGCCGCUGCCCAAACUCUCGUCCUCGCCCCCGGACAGGAAGCCAGCCCCGCUGGACAGGAAGCAGGGGAGCCCCUCGGUGCUGCGCAAGUUCGGGGCCAUGCUGCAGGAGAACGAGGGCAAGGUGCUGACCGACACGGGCGUGGUGGCGCCCUCCCCUCCCCCCUCAGUCAUCCCCAACUGCUCCCCACUCACCACCCGCCGGUCGCAGACGCACGUGCGCACACAGUCCAUGUCCAGCGCGCAGUCAUACCAACACCCUCACACACACAACGCGCACACACACACACAGGCAUACUCACCACAACAAACAAACGCACACUCGCGCUCCUCGGAUCCCAGCCCCACACCCGCGACUGCUGCCACCACGCACUCACACCCCUCCCCCAAGAUGGCCCACAGUCACAGCCAGGGCCAGAGCCAGGGACAGCAGCACAGAGCAGGGCAGUGGGGCGCCCCCUCUGGCGGCAGAGCGGCGGUGCAGGGGGCCGACCCUGGAGCAGACUACUGGAUGGUGGAGCACAUCCUGAACGGACCAAUGGUGGGCCACCGCAGGCGCAGCAGCAGCAGCAGUGGUUGCUAUGGCCACGGGUGUAGUCGGGAGGAGGGCGUCCUGGUGGAGCGUCUCAACACACCCGACGUUCAGCAGCAGCAGCCACUGCCGCCUGCCAGCAGAGUCUCACACACACCACCGAUGAGCCGUGAGUCGUCCCCAGCGUCUGUGAGGCGGAGCUUCUCGCGCCCCGCCCGGCCAGCCAACCAGCGUCCUCCAUCCAGAUGGGCCAGCCAAUCAGGCCACUGCAUCCGCUCCAAGCAGGUCUCGCUCAGCCACUCAGGUCCCGUCUUGAGCCGUCCCCCAAGCCCAAGUCCCGCCCGCAAGGCCAGGCCAGCCAACCAGAGCCAGGCGUUUGGCUCCUACUCCCUGCUGCACACAGAAACGGUCAUCAUGUGACCAAGACAUCAAGUCAGCGGGUAUAUCUUUUGACAAAAAAAAGAUAAAAUAAUAAAAACAACAAAAAGACAUUUUAGCAUUGACAAGUACUCAGACGGACUGGUUUGAAACAAAGAAAAAGAAAAAAACACUUUUUGUUUCCUUCUCAACUUUGCCUUAUCUCCUUGACGUUAGUGAGGGACAGCACAGUCACCCACCACCCCUUUCCCAGACUUGAUGCCAUAAACUCUGAAUGAACUCUUAGCUGGAUCUCUUGCCCUCACGACAGUGGACUCUACGUGUCUACGCAGGACUCUAUAUAAAGAAAAUGAAUUGCCAAUUGAAACCCUGUACACAUCCUUUGUUCUUCUUCUCCGUUUUCUUCUGUCCACUUUUUUUUUGUACCAUGAUGUUUUUUACUGUGCUGAGGGGUUUGACUGAAGCACUGCCAUUUUAUUUGCAACAUGGUAUCAUGACAGAGCGUAAAGAUGACUCAGUGAUUUGACUAUCGCGUGUGUGCACUACGCAUUUGCACGUUCAGGCGUGCUCCACAACGUCCUGGAACAGGUUAGGUUUAGGGAUGGUUUUGGUCAGGGCACAGCAGAGCAUUUUUGCUUUUAGCAACAGAAAUUUGCCUCGGCAAAAUAAAAUCGCAGUCACGCCGGGAAAACUGUGCAAACCUCGUCACCAGGAAAGUGCAUGAAAGUGCUUUACCAUUGCGUUUGAGGAGCACACCUUAACUUAAAAAGGCAUCGCACCAGCACGCAGAAUGCACCAGGGUGAGAUUCAUACGCAAAAACAUGAUGGCAGCCUUUUAUUCGUGUAGUGUGUGUGGCUUUACUCGCCUUCACCUGGCAAAAAUGUCCAUUAUACAGAUGUCAAAAGUCCAACAUGAGUGCUGUUGCACACACACACACACACACACACACACACACACACACACACACACACACACACACACACACACACACACACACACACACACACACACACACAGAUUCAUCCAGCAGUUGGCACUUUCAGAAACCCAAGCCUUGUCCUCAGUCCUUGUUGCAUGACUGCCCAUGUGUAUGUUCAACGUGUAUGUAAUUAUUUAUUUUAUUCCCCCCCUUGCGUGCAGUUUGACAAAAGCCCCAAACGUUCUAAAAAAAAUGAUAAGGCUGUGUUCUGUGCACUUUUGGUGACGGCUGUUCAUGUAUCUGUUUGUUGCACUGAAGUGAGAAGCAUGAGUGUGAUGCUUAGCAACCAUCUCUCUCUCUCUCUCUCUCUCUCUCUCUCUCUCUCUCUCUCUCUCUCUCUCUCUCUCUCUCUCUCUCUGUCUGUCUUUCUGUGUGUGGACAUAGUGUAAAAAAUAAAUGAAGCUGUUCACUGCGUGGGUGUGUCAGCCCUCAUGAAGGUAUAAUACCUCAUCAUCGGGGUUCCAUAGUGUCUUCAUGAAAAAGAAAAAUGUAUAAUGAAGCACAAUGCAGAAAAAAAGAUAUUUUUAUCUGUAUCAUAUAACAAAGUGACCAUAUUGUGUAAUGCCUUUAUUUCUGUGUCUUGAUAAUAAAUGCU